GACAGAAUUAAACAAAAUUUAUUCAUAGCUAUUGUCACAGUAACAUACAUCCAUUCAUACACAGAAAUUUAAAUAUUUUUUAAAUAAAGUGUCGAGUAUUCGCUCUUGUGGCAACAAAAAUUGUGACAAUAAAAUAAAGCCAGAGUAAAGAAAAGUGGAAGAAUCAACGUCAAAUAGGAGGGAUUUGAAAUCUUUGCAUAAAUAAAUCUCGGCUAUAAAUAUUCAUUAAAUUGUUUGUGACGUAGAAAAAAAUAUAAAAAGAAAUAAUGGAGAUUCGUCUCGUUCUACAAUCAUAACGAAUGAUAGAAUUAUUCUCAUGGUAAAAAAAGAUAGAACAACGAUGAUAAACGAAACGACAAAUGUCUAAAUUUUUGUGUGGAAGAAAAAUUAAACUGUUAUUGUUGCUAGUGUAGAUGAUAAAAUGAUAAUUAAAUUACACAAUUGGAUAUAUUUUCUUACGACGAUAAUGUUUAUUAUUGAAGAUUUAACAGUAUCAAGUCUCGGUAUGGUUCAUAUUACAAUCCCAAAUGCUAUUCAAUCAGGACGGAAUGCGAUUUUGAUGUGCGACUACGAGCUAGAGGGUGACGAUCUCUAUUCAGUAAAAUGGUACAAAGGCAAGAGAGAGUUUUUUCGAUACACAGCAAAGGAAAUUCCUUCAAUAAAAACAUUUCAUUUUCCUGGUAUACAGGUCGAUGUACAAUCGUCGAAUGCGAGUAGAAUAGUAUUAAACAAUGUCGUGCCAGAGAUAUCGGGGAAAUUCUCAUGCGAAGUGAGUGCCGACGCUCCAUCAUUUCAAACGCAUAUAGUGUCGGGUGAAUUACAAGUAGUAGAAUUUCCUGAACAAAGUCCAUCGAUAGAUGACAUUAAACAAUAUUAUAAUGUAGGAGAUUAUUUAGAAACAAAUUGUACAUCGAAUUCAUCAAUACCGCCGGCAACACUUGAGUGGUGGAUAAAUGAUGUGCCAGCACAUAUUGAACAUGCCAUAAGAUAUGAUACAGUUGUCGAUCCCAUAUCGAAACGUCAAACUUCCAUUUUAGGAUUAAGGCUACCAUUAACAAAUGAACAUUUUUAUCAAGGCAGAUUAAAGCUCCAAUGCAUCGCAAGGAUUUAUGAUAUAUAUGAGAAAGAUGUUACACGAUAUGUAGAGGAGCAAUAUCCACGAAUACUUGCUAAUAGUGAUAAUGGUGGAGUUCAUUUUUCGUUUAUCAGUGAUAGAGAUGCUGCUGGAAAAUCUAAGUCAUCAGUAAUCCAGCAUCACAAUACACAUUUAAUUAUGCUAGUUCUUUUGUUAGUAAUCCAUAGCAUAGUAAAUUAUCAUCAAAUUGAAAUUCGUAUUUUCGAGUGAGAUCACAGUCUUAUUGUAACAAUAAUCAUAAAGAGAACAAGUAGAAAAAGAAGGAUGUCUUUAUGAAAUCAUGAAUUCACUCACACACACACAUACAGUUAUACAUACACAUAUAGAUAAUACAAAAGAACACACAUUGAGGAAGGAUGAUGAGAAUCGACAAUGACAAUGAGAAAGGUUGAAUCUUUUUUUUUUCGCGAAACAGAAAUAAAAUAAAGAAUAAAAUAAUUAAAUAAUUUGUAAAUUUAUGGAAUAAGCAUUCAAAGUGAAUCUGUGGUUUUAUUCUAUUGUGAAAUAUUGUCUCAUUUUUUUCUCAAUGAAAAUAGCUCUUGUAUAAAGAUUAAAAUGGUGGAUAUAUG